GCUCGAGGCCUCCGGUUUGGCCAGACGCAAUUGGGUAGCAAGCAACAAAUCGUAAGAAUAUGGGUAGAGGGAGUAGGUGGGCGGUGUUCUUGGUGGUGCUGCUCUGUUUGAGUGGCCUGGUGGUGAGUGCACUGGGGAGGGAAUUGGCGAGUGGUGAUGGAGAGGAGAAGUUUUUGUGGAAGAAAAAGCGUGGGAAGCUUGGGUUCGGUAAGGGCGGCGGUGUAGGUGGUGGAUUUGGAAAGGGUGGUGGGCUUGGCGGUGGUGAAGGUGGUGGGUUUGGUGGGGGAGGUGGAUUUGGCGGCGGUGGCGGUGCUGGUGGUGGUGCCGGCGGAGGUGCAGGUGGUGGGUUUGGAAAAGGUGGCGGUUUCGGUGGCGGGAUUGGAAAGGGUGGUGGACUUGGUGGUGGUGCUGGUGGUGGGUUUGGAAAAGGUGGUGGUUUAGGUGGCGGGAUUGGAAAGGGAGGUGGACUUGGCGGUGGUGCUGGUGGUGGUUAUGGAAAAGGUGGUGGUCUAGGUGGCGGAAUCGGAAAGGGCGGUGGACUUGGCGGUGGUGCCGGUGGUGGUUUUGGAAAAGGUGGUGGGAUAGGUGGUGGAAUCGGAAAGGGUGGUGGACUUGGCGGUGGUGAAGGUGGUGGACUCGGCGGUGGUGCUGGCGGUGGCGAAGGAGGUUGUGGAGGUGGUGGACUUGGAGGGGGUGAGGGCGGUGGACAUGGUUUCGGUGAGGGAGGUGGCGCUGGUGGAGGAUUCGGCAAAGGUGGGGGAAUAGGUGGAGGAGGAGGAGGCGGUGGUGGUGGAGGUUUCGGCGGUGGCGGUGGUGUUGGUGGAGGCUUUGGCAAGGGUGGCGGCUUUGGGAAGGGAGGCGGGAUCGGAGGAGGAUUUGGAGGUGGCGGUGGAGGUGGCGGAGGCUUUGGUGGAGGGGUCAUUGGAGGAGCACAUUAAAGCGGACAGUUCGUACGUUGCAUGGCCAUCUUAAUUUGGCCACUUUAUCGUUAUUAAGUAGCUAUUAUGUCGUCUCUUUCUCCUUUCUUACCUUUUUUCGGGGAAAAAUAGUAUGUUUCUAAUAAUAUAAUAAUUCGUUAACCAGUAAUGUCAUAUGUAGUGAUGUUUCGGAGCAUUUAUAUAAAAUACCCCAUUUUGGGCGGUAAAUUCAA